AUGACCAUAGUUGAAAAAUUAUAUAACAGUCCAGGUGGUGGAAACCGUCAUUUUGUUUUGGUGCUCAAUUCUUCUCAGGUUUCCUCCAAUUUCUCUUCAAAUUCAUCCUGCUUUGAUGAAUGCGUACUUCAUGCCUGUUAUUUGAGGUCUCUGAUUCUCCAAAACAGGCUCAUUGGUUUUCCUUCCAAAGAGGUUCUGAGAUUCACUGAGCAGGUUUUAUCAUCACGAGUGAACAAUUCGGAAAGCACCGUUGAACGAACUGUACUGGCUUUUGUUAGUUCUCAUCACAUUCAAAUGCUAGUAGUCUCUCAUCCAAGACCUGAACUGGGGUUUGUCAUGGGCUGUGGCUUUUCUAAGUUCUCAUCAUGCCGCUCGGGUACAGAGCUGAGGGGUCCAUUGCCUGAAGCUAAAUUUGAUGGAAAAGAAAAGAAAAGUGAGACCACUGAUGUGCCAUUAUUUCAAGAAUACACAAUUCAUCAGCUUAGGAAGGCUACUUCUGGAUUUGCAGCUGAAAAUAUAGUUUCUGAGCAAGGUGAAAAGGCUCCAAAUGUGGUUUAUAAAGGAAAACUAGAAAAUCAGACACUGAUUGCUGUCAAACGGUUCAAUAGAUUGGCCUGGCCUGAUGCCCGGCAAUUUUCAGAAGAAGCAAGGGUUAUUAGUCAUCUAAGGAAUGAAAGAUUGGUAAGUCUACUUGGAUGUUGCAGUGAUGGUGACGAGAGGUUACUUGUUGCAGAAUAUAUGCCCAAUGAUACUUUGGCAACACAUUUGUUCCAUUGGGAAAAUCAACCCAUGAAAUGGACAAUGCGACUGAGAGUUGCUUUAUAUCUCGCCCAAGCACUGGAAUAUUGUGCAAGCGAAGGGCGCACCUUAUAUCAUGAUCUAAAUUCUUAUAGAGUACUUUUCGAUGAUGAAGGAAAUCCUAGACUCUCAUGCUUUGGUUUGAUGAAGAACAGUCGAGAUGGUAAGAGUUAUAGUUCAAACCUGGCAUUUGCUCCACCUGAAUAUCUAAGAACAGGUAGAAUUACUCCAGCAAGUGUAACAUACGGUUUUGGAACCAUUCUGCUGGACCUUCUCACCGGAAAACACAUUCCUCCAAGUCAUGCACUUGACCUGAUUCGGGAGAGGAACCUUCAGAUGAUAACGGAGUCUUGUUUAAAACAACAAUUUGCAAAUGGUGAAGGGACCCAAUUUGUGAACUUGACCUCACAAUGUUUACAUUCAGAACCACAGGAGCGUCCUAAUCCAAAUUCAUUGGUUACUGCUUUAACACCUCUACAGCAGGAUUCUGAGGUUCCUUCUCAUGUUUUGAUGGGUAUACCACAUGGUCCUACUACUUCACCCCUUUCUCCACUCAGUGAAGCUUGUCUAAGAAUAGAUUUGACUGCCAUCCAUGCGUUCCUUGAAAAUCUUGGUUAUAAAGAUGAGGGUGCUGCUAUUGAGGAAACAUUCAACUCAAAGAAGAAGGGUGACGCUGCUUUUCACCAUAAAGACUUCAACACUGCAAUCGAUAGUUAUACACAGUUCAUUGAUGUUGGAACCAUGGUUUCUCCGACAGUUUAUGCACGCCGCAGCCUAUCUUAUCUCAUGAAGAAAAGGCCGGAAGAAGCACUGAAGGAUGCAUUGCAGGCACAAAUAAUUUCCCCUAUCUGGUACAUUGCAUUCUACUUACAAGCUGUGGCUCUUCUUGCACUGGGCAGGGAGAAUGAGGCUUUUGCGGCACUUAAGGAGGGUUCUUCACUUGAAAGUAAAUAGCACAUCAAUUAGUCGAGGUUAU